AAAUUCUAUCUUCGAUAAGUAAUCACUUCAGUGCAGACCUUGCUUCUUUAGCUUUAUCAAUAAUAUAUCAUUAACAUGAGAUCAGACGGUCUUUUUUCACGUAAUGAAGUACAAUCGAUAACGUUUUCUACGCUCUAUAUAAAUCACGUACCACCUCGGCGAUCGAUUAGUUUCUCGAGCAUUUUUGUCGAGUAUAAAUCAGAGAUUCACACCACUUAUUCAUCAUGAAAGUGCUCGUCGCUCUGACCAUCUUCGGCUUCGCCGCUCUGGCCUACGCCGCGGUAGUACCUGCCGACAUCGAGUACAUGGAAGUCGAAACCUUGGCCAAGCCCAAAUGUCCACCAAGUCCAGCUGGAAAAAUCAUCGUGUUGCCGAACCCAAGUAACUGCACGACCUACUACCAGUGCUCGGGAGGAUUUGCUUGGGAGAUGCCCUGCCCCACAGGUCUGCACUGGAACGCCAAGGCCAAGACCUGCGACUGGCCCGAAGGUGCCUGCUGCGAUCCUGCUUACGACCCAGAGGGAAAAUGCAAGAAAUAUUGAAUAAUUUGAUAUGAUGCUGUGUGUGAAUUGAUUAGUAAUUUAUUUUUAUAAUUUAUUAAGAGUGUAAAUAAUAAACGUCUUUUCGUGUCAUUGAAACGAGUUGAAUUUUGUUCACGUGUCCCACAUAAGCAGUUACUUGUAAGAGUUGAUUUUUCAUUGCUGUUAUGUAAGAGUGUCGUUAUAAAAAUGUGACUGAUAACGUUUUGUAUCUUUGAUCAGAGAAAAGAUUUGAAGAUAUUUUCACGACGAGCAUGCCACUGUUGAGAAAAAGUCAGGCGAUGAAGUUUUAUAAUUUAUCUUUAUUUCUAAGAAUUCAUAAUUUAACGAAUAUUUUUACUAGAUUGCUAUCUUUAGAGUUAGUCAAAGAUAUCAAAUUACGUAAAAAUGCCGAUAGAUAACAGUUGACAUUGACCAUCUAAGAAAUUUACAGAAAUAUGAUUAUAAAAGUUAACCUUGCAGAGAUUACGAUAAAUAACGACUUGAACAAGUACAAACUACAUAGGUAAUCAGAAAGCGCGUACAGUAACAUGCAUUAAAAUUUCGCUGACUCGCGAGAACGUUCCAAUAUUUAAAUCUGAUUUCAAGUACCAACAGCAUGUGUAGCAAUCGAAAUUUACCUUAUCAGUAUUACGAGUGCAGUUGUUUGGCUACUAGGGAUAAAGUUCACCAUGUUCUUUAUCGCAAUAAUUAUUUCACGCAUACGUAUAAGAUGAUAUCAAAAGCAGGUCCAAAAAGGCAACGUUUUGAAAAAAAAGUCUACUUCCUACUUGAUUCAUACUACCGAACAUUUGAAUAAACGAUACGUGAUUCUACGAAUCCAGGUGGAAGUGACAUUUCUCACAAUAGAGUUAGCAAUAAAAAUACGCACUGCCAACAAGAUUUCCAUUUAAGUCCGUCCACUUCUAAAUCGACCAGAUGCACCGGCACUUCUUACCUUUUAAACCGAAACCGGCUGAGUCAACGCGUCUCAAGGCAAGUGACCGAGCAGCAAGUGAAUCAGUCAAUGCGUUCGCGAUAAGUGAUCUCCAAUCGAAAAGUUGGUGAAUUUUCGAUCGCCAACAUUACGAGCGACUACCUGCAUUGCGUUACGCGCAGCUUAAUCACUUAUCAAUUGCGUAGGCAGCAGCUGCAUCCAGAAGCACCGAAGAAGGGGAUUGUUUUUUUUUCCUGAAGUGGACCUAUAUAAGCCAAUCGGUUGACCACUAAUUGUGCCAGUUCAGUUGUACUUUGAUUUCGAUUUGCGCAAAGAGUGCAGUUACUCCUCGCUCAUCAUGAAAGUGAUCACAUCCCUCGUAAUCUUCGGCUUGGCCGCGAUCGCCUACGCAGCGGUGGUUCCAGAGCUCUCGGUGCCGGCCGACGCCAAAGUGGACUUCGAGCCCCAGUGUCCGGUAGUCAACGGCCCUAACGUCACCCUGAUCGCCAACCCCGACAACUGCACGACUUACUUCAGCUGCGACAUGGGAAAAGCCUGGGAAAUGGCCUGCCCGACUGGGCUUCACUUCAACGACAAGGAGAAGGUCUGCGACUGGCCCGAAUGUGCCUGCUGCGAUCCAGCCUACGACCCCGAGAAGAAGUGCGAGGAGAAGUCAGAGGAGAAGAGCCAGUGACGAUGUUGUGUGUUGCAUUUAGAUUUAAGUGUAGAUAAUAAAAGGAUUUGGUUUUUACUAUUCAA